AUGGAUCCUAAUGCUAAACUUUGGGGAGAAGGUUCAGCCACAGAUAGAAGAUCAACCUCUGGAUAUUGUACCUAUGUUUGGGGUAAUCUUGUGACAUGGAGGAGCAAGAAACAAGGAGUUGUAGCAAGGAGUAAUGCAGAGGCCGAGUUUAGAGCUAUGUCUCAAGACGAUGUUAGUGAUUUCCCUCUAGAGCGCGAGAUUGAUUUAUUCAUAAACUUAGUACUUGGUACUAGUUCAAUGUCAAUGGAACCUUAUAGAAUGUAUUUUUCAGAGUUGAGUGAGUUGAAGAAACAAUUAGAGGAUUUACUUGAGAAGAAGUUUGUUCAACCCAUCAUUUCAUUGUGGGGAGCGUUGGUGUUAUUGGUUAAGAAGAAAGACGUAAGAUUGAUUUGCGUUCAGAAGAUAUUCAAAAGAUUGCAUUUAGAACUCGAUAUGUUUGUGGUUGUGUUCAUCGAUAAUAUUUUAGUGUAUUCGAAGGUAGAUGAAUAUCGUGCAGAAUAUCUAAGAGUGAUGAUACAAACUUUGCAAGAGAAAAAGUGGGAGACUCCUAAGUUUGUUAUUGAGAUCAUAAAUUUUAUGGGUUUGACUGGUUACUAUAGAAGGUUUAUAGAAGGCUUUCCGAAGUUAGAUUUUCCUUUGACUCAAUUGACUCGAAAAGGUCAAGCUUAUGUAUGGAAUGUUCAGUGUGAAGAGAGUUUUCAAGAACUCAAUAAGAAGUUGACGUCGGUGCCAGUUUUGAUUUUGCCAAGUCCAAGUGAAUCUUUUGUCGUGUAUUGUGAUGCUUCGAAGAUGGGUUUAUGUGGUGUGCUAAUGCAUAAUAGUCAGGUUGUUGUGUAUGCUUCGAGACAACUGAAGGUUCGUGAGAGGAAUUAUUCUACCCAUGAUUUAGAGUUGGCAUCUAUGGUGUUUAUGCUUAAAGUUUGGAGGCAUUAUCUGUUUGGAUAUAGAUUUGAAGUGUUCAGUGAUCAUAAGAGUCUUAUUUUAUUGUGUGAGAUGACUCCUAAUAGUGUGAAGUUGGAUAUGUUAAAGCUAAAUAGUGGUAUUCUUGAAGAAAUCAUAGAAUGUUAG